GUUUUUCAAACUCAAUUUGAGUAACUCAACCGUUGUGCUGUAUUUACCUUUUUGGUUAACUUGUUUUUGUUUUGGUGGUAAUGAUUAAUGAUAAAUCAUCUAGACCAAUUUAACUCUUUUUUUAUUUAUACUAAUGUCAACGUACGAAUUUGAUUUAGAAAUUUAUUCUCGUACAACUAUCAAUGUGUUAAUGUUUGAUUCAUGGUUAUUUGAACAGACCAUUUGAAUCACUUUCUGCAUCUUGUAACUCUUACCUGGUUUACUUCACAACAUCUACCGUUUCAACUGUUUUUAAUUGUCGUUUAAUUUUUCUAUCAAUGUGAAAAUUGAAAUUGUGUCUUGGCAUUUUCCCUUUUUGAUCUUACCUUUACUCAUUUCAUCGUCUCUGACCUCAAAUAUGCUCAUGAAUCAGCUUCUUCUGUAGGUACAAAACAAUGCCUAGGAAUCGCGACCAACAGCGACUUGACGCGGCUCUUGCUGUCGUCCUCCGAACUCCAGGUCUCUUUAUCAUUGAAUAUUGGUGGCAGAACGAGAAAAACAAUUUCCUGUCUUUCGGUGAUGAGUCCAAUUACAUUCUGACAAUUCUCAAUAACAUCGCAUUAAUCAAUGGAUUUUUUAUCCUGUUAUUACCAAUCUCAUGCAUUCGUUCGCUCUACAUACAUUUCAUUUGCGGAGCUUUACUUCUUAGUGCUCACUUUCUUUCUCAUUACUGGGUUCGAGAUUCGAAUGGAGAUUACUUGUCACAAAUCGAUGUGGUUGACCGAAUGGCAUCUUCAGUUGUUCAUAAUUCCGCCAUUAAACAAAUCUCAUUGCUUGCGGUACAUGUUAUUAUCGCAGGUAUCGUUUCAUUACUCCUCCAAGGACCGCGAAGACCUGUAGUUUCAGCUUUCGCUUGUUACUCAUUACCAGUUAUCGCUCGUAUUGUCGACUUUUCAUCCGAGUCAAUAGAGGUUAUUCAUCAUUUCAGUACUGCUUUCGUGGUGAUAACUUUAGUUCAUUAUGGAUACAACCAGUUUUAUGGUUUAUUUAAUUCAUUUAAAGGUGCUUUCAAUGAUCUUUUAAGUGAAACUAGAGUCAAUGGUUUCCUUUAUAUAAUUGUUUUACUUUGGAAAAAAUUGUUCGUGCCAACUCACUUUCUCCUCUUUUGGUGCAUUGCUUUCUUGUGCAAAAUUUAUGAAAAUAUUUUCGUUGAAGAAAAUUCUCAAGACAUUUAUGGUUUAAUCUUAAGUUCAGCCAGCAGUUUGUGCACAUCUCCACUUUCAUUGGUAUCAACUGCAGUUACGGUCACUUAUAUCUCAUACUUUACUCUAUGCGGAAUUAAACUUUAUUUAUGGGGUAAACCCGAUUAUGUUGGACGCCAAAGUGAUAUUUAUUUCAAUCAAAUUAUGCUUCAUCAAGCUCACUCUGGUUGGGAAGAAGGAUUGAUCACAUUUCUGCUCGCUGUUCUAACAGGAAUCACCAACAUGCAGCCUCCUGCUCGCAUGGCCGUUCUUACCAUCAUCCUUUUCGUCGUUCUUUCAUCCCUCUUAGAGUCAAUGCUGGAAAUUGCUGAACCUGUUAUACUCUCGUUGAGCACUUAUCAUGGACGAAACAUUUUCCAUCAUGUUAAAGUAUUACUUCUCUGUGCUUUCCUAUUCUUCUUUCCUCUCCAUGUUAGCUGGGUUUUGGCCAAUCUAUUUCCAGUUGACUUUUGGAUGGCAGUUGUUAUAUCGACAAGUCUCCUCACCUCAGCACAAGUCCUCGAUCUGGUUGUAGUCCAUUGUUUACUUUGGUACGAUGCAGUCCGUCAUGAACCAUGGGCUCCAUUAGACGAGAUGGUUUACUAUGUUAGAAGUGCUACUAAAGUAAUUGAGUUCAUUGUUGCCAGUAGUGUUGUUUUUGUCGGAAUUUUUGAAGGAAUAUCCAAUAAGUGGAACUGGACCAAUGCUUUUAUUUUGAUUAUCCACUGUUAUUUCAAUGUAAUGCAAAGAUUCCAAGCUGGUUACAAAAGCUUCAUACAGCGCCGCGAAGCAAUCGCCAAAUCAGCUCGCUUACCGACAGCAACUAAAGAGCAACUGAAACAACACAAUGACGUCUGUGCCAUUUGUUAUAUUGACAUGAUAAAUGAAAAAGAGUCUGUUAUAAUUCCCUGUCAACAUUUUUUCCACCGUAUUUGUUUAAGAAGAUGGUUGUGUUUUCAGGAAAGCUGUCCACUUUGCUCAGCAAGAGUUACCCUUGGAGAACCUAAAACUUCUGAUGCCAAAUAAUCACAAAUCAUCAUCAUCAUAAUCAUCACCGUCGGUUAUUAACUUUUGAACAAAAAAUGUUAUUGUUGGAAAUUUUUUCGUUUAAAUUUUUUAUUGUCAAAUUACAGCUGUCAAAGAUGCAAACAACAAAGCUAUUUGCCUGGUGAAAUUUGUUACUAAAGAAAUUAUUUAUUUAUUAUAUAUUUAAAGAAACUGUACAUCAAAAAUUACAUGACUUGGAUAUAAUGGCCCACUCCAAGCCAGAUAUAUGAAUAUUAGGAAAGAUUCGUUCAUGAACUCUGCCUUCUCCAAAAGUGACUGAAUUGGCAAAAUGUAUCCAAACUUUUACGCCAUUUUUGAUAAUCAAUGGAAAUCAAGAGACAUGUCAAUCUGAAAAUCAACCAAUGCUGAUCAGUUGUAAAGCUUUACAAAACAUCAAUUCAUCCUGAUUGCAACAAGUUGAAACUAACAAUCAAUUAAAUGUUUCAUGGUUACCCAAUAUUAACAUUAUGACCCCAAUUAUAUAACUUGCGUUAUAGUAAGACAAUGAGAUUGAAUCGCCUCAAUGAAACUAAUCAUGAAAAAUCUUUAAAAAUUGAUUCCAACCAUUGAGACUUUAAUUGACUUUAAUCAAAUGAGAACGCUUACAAAAAUGUUCUCGUUUCUAUUUAUCUCUUAGACGAAGAGUCUUCCCAAGACUGUAAAAAUGCUUUCAUAUGAUUGUAAUGAACAAAAAAAACUGAAUAAAAAAAAGAUAUUUGAUUGCGUA